AUGAUGCAGCUACAAAAGAAGAUCAGCACAUUAGCUGGACAGCCGAGAGAAUCAGGGAUGUGUAUACACCCAGUUUCAGAGAAUGUUGGAGAAAUGGGAGCGAAGACUCAAUUGAUCUCUGCGGAGAUGCAAAGGAAAGGAGGAGGGAUAAUGCGACUUCAUGAUGACGUCUCGCGAUGGGCAACACGAGCAUUUCAUUCUGAUGUGUCGUUUGAAAAAGUGCCGUCUGACUACUCAAUGUUGAAGAUCAACGUUCUACCUCCUGUCGGCGGUGAUACCCAGUGGGCCGCUGGCCGCUGCGAUCUUAUGCACGCUGACCUUUUCACGGCUCAAUUAUGUAUGAACAACUUCGACUGCUCCGUCCGAUUCAGAUGGGAAGCUGGAUCUGUCGCAAUAUGGGAUAAUCGUUCCACUCUGCACUCGGCCACCUUUGAUUACACGGAAGAGAGAAGUGGGGAUCGCGCGUCUUCAAUUGGUGAACUACCGUACUUAAGUAAUGAAGGGAUUUCCAGAACCGACGGUCUUCGUGCACAAGGCGUGAGCUGGUGA